GAUUACCGAAUGGCUGCUCUCUUCUCCCUGACCUGCGUCGUCUCCCCCAAACCCUCGGUUCCGGUCCCCGUUCGGAGCUCGAACGCCCGAUGGCGGUGGGAGUCGGUUGCUUCGAGAGUUGUGUUGCAGCCUGAGACGCGGAGAUCGAGAGUUGUCGCUCUGGUUUCCCAGGCUUCCCGGGUCGUCUUCCGUGACCUCGACGCCGAUGAUUUCAGGCACCCCCUCGAUAAGCAGAAUACUCUGCUGCUGAGGACAAUUCCUGGGUUGAAUGAACUUGGCAAGGCGUUGUUAGGACCAAUGACAGAGCAAGUAAUGCUUCUUGAGAACAUAGGAACAUCAGUACUUGUUUCUGAAAACCAGCUCCCCGGUCUUCAUAAAUUGAUGAUUGAGGCGGCAAAAGUACUAGACACUGAAGCUCCUGAUCUUUAUGUCCGCCAGAAUCCUGUUCCAAAUGCAUACACCUUGGCAAUUAGUGGUAGGAAACCAUUUAUAGUUGUUCACACUAGCCUUGUGGAGCUUCUUACUAAAAGAGAACUACAGGCCGUUUUGGCUCAUGAGUUGGGCCACUUAAAAUGUGACCAUGGGGUGUGGCUUACAUUUGCAAACAUAAUUACACUUGGAGCUUACUCUGUACCUGGCCUUGGUGGGUUGAUUGCCCAGAGUUUGGAAGAACAGCUUUGUAGGUGGCUUCGAGCUGCUGAGCUAACUUGCGAUAGGGCGGCUCUCCUUGUUGCACAAGAUCCAAAGGUGGUCAUCUCUGUUUUGAUGAAACUGGCUGGAGGGUGUCCAUCUCUUUCUGACCAGCUAAAUGUAGAUGCAUUCUUGGAGCAAGCUCGCUCAUAUGACAAGGCUUCUUCCAACCCCAUUGGUUGGUACAUCAGGAAUGCUCAAACGAGGCAGUUAUCCCACCCCUUGCCUGUUCUACGUGCCCGUGAAAUUGACGAGUGGUCAAGGGGUCAGGAAUACAAAUAUCUACUGAAGCAUGCUAUCCAACUGGAAGAUUCUCUAAAGCCUAGAAAUACCUUUGUGCGGUGAAGAUUGCGAUGAUGUUUUAAAUGCUUAAUGUUGAAAUUAAACCAGAAGUGCAUGGUUGGAAAUAGGAUGCUGGAAGCGCUAAGGAGGGGGGAUGUUGAUACUAGAGCGUCAUGAAGAUAGGAAGAAAUUUAGUGAAUAUUAGCAUUGUACACAACAUAUACAGUAUUGUAGAUAUACAUGAGAAUACGGAUCUUUGGUAUCUGUGCAUGUAAUAUGUUUUGUUAAAACGCUGAAAUACAAAGAAAGUUGGAUGAA